AUGGCUUCUCGACAAUGUCGUGUCAUUCUCUUUAGUAUUGAAACACUCCAAACUAAAUCAAACGCUUCUGCAACGUUUUUUCCGUUCGACACAGAAAAGUUGGCUCGAGCUGAUUUUCUCCUCAUUGCAACAGGCGCAGGCUUUUCUGCCGAUUCUUCAUUGCCAGUUUACACGGACAUCGCCAAAGUAAAAGCGUACGAUGAAAUGGGCGUGGAGUACCAUGAUUUGUGUGAUCCUCACAUGCUGGAGCAGGACGAAGAGGUUUUCUACGGCUUUUGGGGCAGCUGCACUAAUUUGUACAGAGAUACAAAACAUCAUCGAGGAUACGACAUUUUACUCAAGUGGAGAGAUACAAUUCGAGCUAAAGGCACUAAGGAGAACGGUCACCACGUAAAUGAAAAGAGAGUAAAGUUUCAAGCUACUUUUAACCGCUUAAAGCAGUGUAACGCUCUUCCAGCUGGAGUGACGACCAAUACCGUAACCAACGACCCGUUUUUCGUCUACACAUCAAACGUUGACUCGCACUUUAAACGAGAUUUUGACGACAAGGAAGUGUAUGAACUACAUGGUAGUGUGGAGACGUGGCAAUGUGCAGGCGAUGUUGAAACUGGCGCUCGAGAGCCAUGUGGGAGGAUUUGGACGCUGCCUCUUGAUUUUCGCUUUAAUGUUGACGAGGCGACAAUGAGAGCGCCGGGGGCAAAAGUCACGACAUGUUCAGAGUGCGGAGGCAAAGGACGACCAAAUGUGCUCAUGUUCCAUGAUCGCCAAUGGGUUGCAAACGCACUGGAAGAGAACGUCUACAUUGCGUGGGAAUCCGUGAUGGAAGUGAUGCUUAAAGAAGAUCCAAGACUGAAUCUAGUCGUGCUUGAAAUGGGCUGCGGAACACGGGUUCCAUCAGUUCGACGAGAAACCGAGAUGGUUGUUGCGGAUGUGAUUGAGAGCUGCAAUCGUCCCCAAGCAACACUCAUACGAGUCAACCCUGACAAGCCAAGUUGCGACAACCCACUUAUUAUUUUGAACAAUGGGUUCCUCUCCAUUCAAUCGAAAAGCCUAGAAUCGUUAGAGGGUAUUGACCGAGAACUCCGCAAUCUCCAGCAGAAGGUCUAA